ACUAUUGGUCCUCUCUCCCUGUCUCUCUCUCUCUCUCUGCACUGAUCAUUGAUUGGGAGCCCAGUGCAAUCCACAGAAGUUCCGGGUUUGCCUUAAUUCGUAUCCGCAGUGACUGACAAUACCCAUUUAGGGACAUCGUCAAGAGGCUGAAGGUUCAUCAGAGAAGUUCAGACCAUGAAGCCCAGCGAGAUAUGAUCAAAUGAAUUGACUCUCGGUGUUCAAACCUCCUAUUACAUAAUGAAGAAUGAAUUUGCGGGCAGACAACUGCACACUUGGCAAAGUGCACCGUAGAAAGAGUCUUGCCCUUCACAAACCAGCUGGGCAAUGGGAAGCCAUGCUGAUUCACGCUAACUGAAGGCCUUUUGUGAGCUCUCUGGUGCUGAGACACAGCUACACUGCCGACCAUGGCGAGCGAGAGUGAUCCAGCUCCCUAUUUUGAGGACAUGUUUGACAUCUUGUCCAAAACGCCACAGGAAAGGCUGAUGAGCCUCAAGUACAAACUACCGGUUGACCGAAAGAUCGACCGUCUGCUUUACAGCGCCGUGUUGUUCUUCUUAAACGAGAAGGAGAAGGCGGUGCUUUUGGUGUCUGACGACAAGGAACAGAAGUGCCAAUCUGCUGUCUACAUCCUGAACAAAAUCCAAGGUACGGAACAAGGAGCAAAUUCCAAAUUCGGGUGGGACAAUUUGACCCCCGAAGAUCUUGCGGUCCGCGUGGAUCUCGCUCGGAUCUUCACGGUCCUCUCGCAGGAAAAUCUGUGUGAGUCCUCUGUGAAAGACCGGGCAUAUCGUGCUGCUGUCCACAGCUAUCGAUCGAGCGGUCAGAUCGACAGCGUGGAAUUCUGGGAUCUACUGGAUGAAUCCAGAAGACAAUGUGGUUGUCGGGACUUUAACUCCAAAGGGGAAGAUGCUAACAGACCGUUUCUAAAGUCGCUGGAUGAAAAUAGCUUAAGUACAAGAUCAGGCAGCGACUGCAGAAGCAGAGUCGAGACUGUGCGCAAUCGGACGUCAACUGACCCCAUGAUAUCUUCAGGAGUUAAGCAAAUCACGCUGCCCAGUCACUUUGAAAUUAGUGCAACAUCCACUGUACCAUUUCUUUCUGGUUCACCUCAGGACAACCUCAAAUCUAAAGCGAAAGGUCCGGCCGAGCGUGGAUUGGUCCCAUCCACAUCUCAAAGUGCAUCGUUCCACAUUAAUAACACGGCAUCAAAUCUACCUCGGGAAGAGCACUCGGCAAAUAGUAGGAAUACCACCGGUACAGGAGCUCAGCCUGAGGAGGGGUAUUCAACUUACUCCCCAGUUAAAAAUUCAUCGGCGGUUGGAGUGAAACCUAUUGAAUGCACUGAAGAGACAGACAGUAAUCAGAUAGUUACUUCAAAGACUAGCACACAGGAUCAAGAUCAUCUCAAUUCUAACCUGUCCGAUCCACAUCCUACACAAAAUGCAACCCUAUCGGAAGAUCCCCAGUCCAGUCGUCCUCGAAUGAACAUUUCUGAGGAAACGGAGGAGAACGUUGAGAACAAAUUUUACCCCUUUGUUAUCCUGCACGCUGAUGAAGACCAAGAGAUUGCAGAGAAGGUACGGAAAUCACUUGAGGAAUUGGGGGUGAUGGAGGGGGCAACGUUUUGCGAAGAUUUCUCACUUCCGGGAAAGUCUCCCAUAAGUUGCAUCCAAGACGCAGUUGAUAACUCUGCCUUUACCAUCCUUCUUUUGACAAACAACUUUAACACGCACUGGACGGAGCUCAAGACCAAUAUUGUGUUGAUGAACUCCAUCCAAAAUAAACAUAAGUACAACACGGUCAUUCCGAUGCUGACAAAAGAAAACCGGCUGCCCAAACGCAAGAUCCCUUUCGCCCUUCAAGCUAUCAACCAACUGGACGAAACCUCCAAGCACUUCGAAAGGCAUGUCGCGAAAACAUUUGAGCCAGCCAAACUCAGGACAUAUAAGGAUAAGUGGUUGGUUGAGCAAAAACUUCAACAGAUUGAAACCCAAAAGGCUAAAGUUGCAAAAGACCGUAAAGAUCUCCGAGAUAUCACCAGACUAACACAACAGCUAGGGCAGAAUUUGCAAAACUACCAGAAAGAAGGACAACAUUUAGCAUCCUUAAGACAAUAUUGUAACGCUUUGUAUAAUUUUCCAAAUCUGCCCCCAAUUCCCUCACCCUAUCCAGGACAGAUGAGACCUCCAAUGGGUCAUGAACAGAUGCUGCCCAUGUUAUACCCAUUUGGGAUUCAGGGCCCAGGUCAGUUUCCACCUGAUCCGAGGCAAUACGGUUUCAACCCCCAUAUGCACACGCCACGUGAGGUCCUUAAUCCCAGCAACGGUCAGGGAGCUCAGAGUGUCACGAUUAACAACUCCCCAAUGCACCCAAACCAGCCCCCCAACAUUAUCCAGAUUCACCACGUCAGCAACGUGCAGAUAGGAGACUCCAACCAGUUGACCAUAGCUGAUUCGGGAAAAAGUGACGGGAGCACUGACGAGGAGGAGGAGGAGGAGGAGGAAGAGGCUGAUGACAGUGAUAACUAAGCAAUGGCAAAACCUCUUUUAUGUCCUCUAAUUUAUAGGUAAAACAGAUCACGCAGCAGGAGGUGAGGAUGUUGAGAAUGUGUGGCAUCAGGAUAUUCCUGCUUAAAGACCUGGAAUAAGCCUACUGUGUUUUACCCGUGUGUAAGAACAAUGAGGCGGGCAGACUGCUGGUGUCUUACAUACUCAUUCAGUUGCGGGAUCACACGAUUCAGGGGAGAUGUACGAUUGCAAGACCUGAUGUGCGAGAUUAGCAAAAGGAUUUUUCUAACCAGGGGAUUUUGGAUGUGUUGUAGUUGACUUGAAUUCGCUGGUUACAAAUCCUUUUUGUAAAUCUGGCAGAUCGGGUAAAGGCAGAUUCUGGUAAAGGCAGAAUACCGCAAAUGCUGGAAAUCUGAAAUAAAAACAGCAGUCGCUGGGAACAC